AACAAGGAAGACAUUUAAGGACAUUUCACGGCCUAACUGCUACCUCUUUGAAUGGAGGGAAAAUAAGAGCAGCAUUGCAUCUAAAAUGAGUCUUUAUGAAGAGGAGAACACUGCAGCACCUCCUGAACCCAGCUGUGUGUCUGUAAAGAGUGAUAGAUCCAUAGCUAAGCCCCCUGAUCUCAGUGAUGGAGCAGUGACCUCUGACCCCAGACUGCAGAUCCAGAAAGCAGUAUCACCAGAACCCAGCUGUGUGUCUAUAAAGAGUGAUAGAUCCAUAGCUAAGCCCCCUGAUCUCAGUGAUGGAGCAGUGACCUCUGACCCCAGACUGCAGAUCCAGAAAGCAGUAUCACCAGAACCCAGCUGUGUGUCUAUAAAGAGUGGUAGGUCCAUAGCUAAGCCCCCUGAUCUCAGUGAUGGAGCAGUGACCUCUGACCCCAGACUGCAGAUCCAGAAAGCAGUAUCACCAGAACCCAGCUGUGUGUCUAUAAAGAGUGAUAGGUCCAUAGCUAAGCCCCCUGAUCUUAGUGAUGGAACAAUGACCUCUGACCCCAGUGAAGUGAGGAAUGAUCUGAUGCAGGUUCAUCAGUCUAGAUGUAGAGUUUGUGAGCAGGCUCUGAGAGAUGGAGUCUCAAUCACCUGUGGACACAGUUUCUGCAGAAAGUGUAUCAGCUUCUACUGGGACAAGACCAGUCCAUCAGAAGACUUUGAGUGUCCUCAAUGCAGAAAGAGAUCAAGAACACGUCCUGUUCUACACACACAUGGAGGAUCCAGUUCUGCUGGUUCUGCUCACUUCUACACAGCACUCGACCUGCAGAAGGAUUCUUACCAACCAGCAGAUGAUGUCCUGAUCAGAGUGAAAGAGAAACACAGAACCAUCAUGAAGAACAAGUAUGAGAUCUUAUUUGAGGGAUUCAAAUUACAAAAGAAUCAUACCCUCCUGAACAGGAUUUACACACAGCUCUACAUCAUAGAGGGAGAGAGUGAAGGGGUGAAUGAAGAACAUGAGGUUUUACACAUGGAGAAAACAGCCAGAACUCAACACUUACAAGACACUCCAAUCAAGUGCAAUGACAUCUUUAAACCCUUACCUGAACCAGGAUGUGAGGAGAAGAGAACAGAGCAAAUAAAGACUGUUCUUACUAAAGGCAUCGCUGGAAUUGGAAAAACAGUCUCAGUGCAGAAGUUCAUUCUGGACUGGGCCGAGGGAAAGGCCAAUCAGGAUGUAGAUUUCAUGUUUGUGCUUCCAUUUCGAGAGAUUAACUUGAUUAAAGGUGAGCAGUACAGUCUUCACAAACUUCUGCUGGACUUUCAUCCUGAACUUCAUGAUCUGGACUCAAAGAGUUACAAGGAGUGUAAAGUUGUGUUCAUCUUUGACGGUCUGGAUGAAAGCAGAAUUCCACUGAUGUUUUCAGACAGGGAGAAAGUUCCUGAUGUGACUGAGACUUCAUCAGUGGGUGUGUUGAUGUCAAACCUCAUCAAAGGAGAUCUGCUUCCCUCUGCUCUCAUCUGGAUCACCUCCAGACCAGCAGCAGCCAAUCAGAUCCCCAACAAAUACAUCAAGCGUGUGACUGAGAUUCAGGGAUUCAAUGACCCUCAGAAGGAGGAAUAUUUCAGGAAGAGAAUCAGUGAUGAGCAUCAAGCCAGCAGAAUCAUCUCACAUAUUAGAAGAGCAAGAAGCCUCCACAUCAUGUGCCACAUACCAGUCUUCUGCUGGAUCUCAUCCACUGUGCUUCAAAACAUCCUGAAACAAGAUGACAGUGCAGAAAUCCCUCAAACUCUGACUGAAAUGUACAUCCACUUCCUGCUCAUUCAGAUCAAUGUGAGGAAUCAGAAGUAUGAAGAGAGAGAUCCAGAUAAACUCCUUCAGUCCAACAGAGAAGUGAUUGUGAAACUUGCUGAACUGGCUUUCCAGCAGCUGAUGAAGGGCAAUGUCAUGUUCUAUGAGGAGGACCUGAGAGAGAUCGGCAUAGCUGUCACUGACGCCUCGGUGUAUUCCGGGAUCUGCACUGAGAUCUUUAAGGAGGAAUCUGUGAUUCAUCAGAGGAAAGUCUACAGCUUCACACAUCUCAGCUUUCAGGAGUUUCUGGCGGCUUUCUAUGUUUUUUACCAUUAUGUUGUCAAAAAUUUUGACACAUUGCAGUUUUUGGAUCAAGUACAUAGUCUACAUAAGGAAGCAGUUGAUAAAGCCCUUCAGAGUGAAAAUGGACACCUGGAUCUUUUUGUGCGAUUCCUGCUGGGCAUCUCACUGGAGUCCAAUCAGAAACUCUUACGGGAUCUACUGACACACACAGAGAACAGCUCAGAGAGCAUCAAGAAAACUAUCACUUAUAUUAAUGACAAAAUCAAGCAUGGACAUGGUCUAUCGGCUGACAGAUCCAUUAACCUAUUCCUUUGUCUUUUUGAAAUAAAAGAUCAGACUCUGUACAGAGAGAUUCAGGAGUUUCUGAAAUCAGACAAACACUCAGAGAAUAAACUCUCUCCUGCUCACUGUUCAGCAAUCGCAUACAUGCUUCAGAUGUCAGAGGAGGUGCUGGAUGAGCUGGACCUGAAGAAAUUCAACACAUCAGAGGAGGCUAAAAGGAGACUGUUACCAUCUGUGAUCAACUGCAGAAAAGCUCUUCUUGCUGAGUGUAAUCUCACUGGUCCGUGUUGUGAAAUUGUGGCUUCAGCUCUACAAUCAUCAAAGUCCCUCUUGAGAGAGCUGGACCUGAGUAACAAUGACCUGCAGGAUUCAGGAGUGAAGCUUUUAUCUGAUGCACUGAAGACUACAAACUGUAAACUAGAGAUACUGAGGUUAUCUGGCUGUAUGGUGACAGAGGUUGGCUGUUGUUAUGUGGCUUCAGCUCUGAUUUCAAACCCUUCACAUCUGAUAGAGAUGGAUAUGAGCUACAAUCACCCAGGAGAACCAGGAGUCAAAGUGCUCUCUGAGAGACUCAAUGAUCCAAACUGCUCACUGGAAAUACUCAAACUGGACCAUGGAGAACAUCGCAGGAUCACACCAGGACUGCAAAAAUAUGCGUGUGAUCUCACACUGGAUACAAACACAGCACACACUCGACUCUGUCUAUGUGAUGGGAACAAAAAAACAACAUGUGUGAAAGAGGAGCAGCCAUAUCCUGAUCAUCCUGAGAGGUUUGAGGGCAACGAGCAGGUUCUGUGUAGUGAGAGUCUGUCUGAACGAUGUUACUGGGAGGUUGAAUUGAGGGGAUGGGGUCAUGUAGCAGUGACAUAUAAAGGAAUCACCAAAAAUGGAGGGAGUGACUGUCGGUUUGGACUCAAUGAAAAGUCCUGGAAUCUUUACUGUUGUGAUACGAUUUACUCUGCCUGGCACAAUAAUAAGAGUACAAACAUUCCUUCCCCUUCAUCUCCCUCUAACAGAGUCGGAGUGUAUCUGGACUGGGCAGCUGGCACCCUGUCCUUCUAUAGAGUAUCAGAUACUCACACACUCACACACUUACACACAUUCAACACUACAUUUACUGAGCCUCUGUAUGCUGGAUUUGGGCUUUAUCAUGAUUCCUCAGUGUCUCUCUGUCAGAUUAAACAACCUCAGGUGAGGGACAGUUUGUAAAAUGGGUAAUAUAAAUGCACACUGACAGUUAACAGUUCACUCACUAGACUACUGAUUACUGAAAUAAUUAAACACAUAAUUAAAUGACAUUCUUAAAAAUGUGUAGUGGUUUCUACUCAAUUCACAGAUGACAUAGUGAUCACAUGUCACUUAAGGUGUGGUUAUGAGUGUAUCAGAUGACCUCUCCUCCUUUGCAAUACGGGGCACCAGUUAAGACUACUAUCUUAACUAUAUAAGAACACUCACAAACAAGCUGUUUGAUAAUUUAGAAUUAAUGUAAACUAGAGGGAGAUGGUCAGCUGAUUUAUCUGAAGGAUUUGUGAGAGUCUGGACAACUAUCAAAAGGAAAGGACUGAAUUAAACAAUAAAACAAAAUACAUGAUUUGAACACAGAAUGUAUAAAUGCAAUGCUGUUGAACUGAAUGUAGC